GCGGAUGAAGAAUAUGGUCACAUUAUUGCGAAAAAAUUUAUAGCUGGUGGGCAGUUAUUUAUCAAAAGUUUCAAAGAUUUUCCAAAGCAUGUCCAACAAGUUGACAUUUUAAAAUUUUAUUUAGCUUUAGCAUAUAAUUCAGCUAAAAAUAUUAAUGGAAUUAAGUAUGAUUAUUUUGACCUGAUACGUACUUUUUUGCCAAGAAUAGAAACGUCAAGUGGGAAAGAAAUAAAAACUCCUAAAGAAUUAGCUAAUUGGAUGAAUGAUUUAUAUCAAAAUAAUACUAUUGAAAUAAUUUCUUAUAAUAAUAUUAUUCCUAUUUCUAAAUUAACUAAUAAAACACUUACAGUAGAUAAUGUUAAUGAAAAUCAACUAGUAGAUAAUAUUAAUGGAAGACAACCAGGAAUUGCUAAUUACGAAAAUAAAUUAAAGUUGAAAAAGUGGAUUGAAGAAGAGUCAUUUAGAUUAAUAAGAUGGAUCGAAGAUUUUCAUCUACUUCAAGGUUUCGUAAUUAAUAAAUUACAUAAAAUAGAAAAUAGUAAGAAAAUUUCCAUUAAUUUAGUUGGAAUUCCUAGAGUUAAUAAAUUUGAUAAUUCUUAUUUUGAAAUUACAAAUCCAACAACAAGACUUGAAGAAAUUUUAAUAUCAAACAAUAUAUGUUCAAAUAAAAAUAUCGAAUCUUUUCCUUUUUUAUUUGUUAAACCUGAUGAUUUUAGUAAUGAGAAUAACAUCAAUCUAGUAGUCAAAUGUGAAAAAUAUGAAGUUUUAAUAAGUAAGGAUAAUAUAAAAUAUCCUGAAGAAUUUCAUAAUGCCAUAGAAAAAGCACUUAAGAGUAUGAAACCAUUUAAUGAAUUACAAAAUGUAUUUAAUGAAUAUGGGCAAUUAUUUCCUCUAAAAAUUAAAUUGGGAAAAUCUUUUAAAAGUCAAAUUGCUACUACCACUUUAUUUGAUGAUUUUGAGAAGAUUAAAUUAAAAUUACCAAUUAAAUCUUUAGAAUAUUAUUCGAAAAAUUUGAAUAUUUCAUAUUUUGUUACACAAGAUGGAAAUAUUAUUCAAGAGGAUGGUUUAGUUAAAAUGAUUAAAAAUAUUAACACCGAAGAUGAUGAUUUGGAAAUUAUUGAAUUAGAUGAAAUAAUUUCUUUAUAUGAUAUUCUUGAAUUGGAACAAAAAAGGAAAAUUGAUAUUGUAUUAAACAAUAAUAAUCGAGAUAAUUUAAAAAUUUUAAUGACCGGAAUAACAAACUUGAAAGAUUUAAAUGAUGAAGAUAGUGAACAUUAUAAACAAAUAAGUAUAGAACCACCAAUGGAAAAUGAAAAUUAUGAAGUAUUUGGAACAAUUGUUAGAAGAAAGAAUUCGAAGUUAGAGAAGUUAGAUCAAAAAAAUAUUUCUAUAAAUUUUGGAUUAUAUGAUGUUGAUGGAUUUUUCGCGACAAUAAAAAAUUCAGAAAAAAUAGAAACUGAUAUAAAUGAAUGUUACGUUUUAUGGAUGAUUAUUGGGAAUCCUUUAGAAUUAUCAAUUUUUAGUCCAAUUAACCGAGAAAUACAAGUAAAUUGUAUCAAAGAAUCUAUUGUUAUACAACCUAAUAAACAAAACUAUAAUGUUAUAACACCAUUUCUUUUAUCUGAAGGAUGUUCCAUUCUUAUUGAUGCGACAACAGAUUAUGAAUUUAAAAAUAUCAUCAAAUUAUUUGAAUGGACACGUAAUUCUAUUACUUUUCAAAUAGUUAAUUUAACAGAAGCUCAACAAGAAAAUAUUAAUAUGGAUUUAAAUAUUUAUAUUUUAUAUUCACGUUAUAAAAGUUUACAGAUUGAUUGUAAAGAUGAAGAUAACGGAGUUGAUGAAUAUUCUUUCAAUUUAUUUGAAUAUAUUUUAACUAAAGAUAAUUUUAAUGAGGACAAAUUUGAUAUUGAUUCUUAUAUAGAUGACGACCUUUAUGUUCAUUUAAAUGGUAAACCUAUUACGAAUAAUUUUAAUAAACCACUUCAUCAACUUAAUUUCAGUAAACCACUUAACAGUAAACUUAUUAGUGGAAUUAUAAAUUGAUUACAUAACAUAUUUGUUAUUUGUCACUUGCCAGAAUAUUAUGUUGGCUAGUAUGUUGGUUGAUAUUUUCAGUACCAUAUAUUACUGUAUUUUUAAAUAAACGUAUCCGAGAUUUAUAUUUGUAAAGCAGAUUUUACUUUUUAUAAACGCUAUACAGUUCCCUUUUGUUAUUCAAGAGAUACAUAAUCUUUUUGUUAUAAUAUACCUUUAUAUCAAUUUU